AUGGUCAGAAACUGGUAUGAGCCUGACGGCUUCGAUGCCAACGACAAGCCAUACGUCUACAGUGGCCCACCGAAGGACAGAAAUGACCUCACGUCUAUCAGCCUCCUAGCUAGUGAUCCAGUGCCUCUGGAAAGAUACACGACGCCCACUGAGAUUCCUGUUCUCGAUGCCGUCUGCGCCGCAUUUCGAUUUCUGGCCUACUCCGGUGACAAUGGCCACCUCGUCACUACGCCGUCUAGACGGUUCAUCUAUUACAAUGCCAGAGCCUUGGCGAAGAUGGACGAUGCGAAUGAUCAUACGCAAUGGCCUGGUCGAGUUUACAACAGACCCGUGGGGAUACGCGAGGCUUUGAGAGCUGUGACUCAUUAUGGUGCCUCACUAGAGUCCAGCGCUCCGUGGGUUGUUGAGGAGGACUUUGAUUAUGGCCAUGACGUUGUAUGGGCCAUCAACGAACGGCCUACAGAUCUGGCCUAUAAUGAAGCUUCAAAAGGGCCUAUUCUUGAGUCAUAUCGUCUCGACCACUACCGGCCAGAAGAGGUGAACACCAUGGACGAUCUUGAGUUAACAGCCUUGGGAACUUUAACUUUAUCCAAAGUCAAAUUGUGUAUUGCAGAAGGAUAUCCAGUCAUCUUUGCCUUUCAUCUUUUCUGGGACUCGUUCAAGUUCGUUAAGGCCGCACAGUCUGGAGAUCAGGGAUACCCAACGAUAGAGAUGAUUCCAGUAGCGAGACGACUCGCUGGUCCGCGUAAGGAACACACGACACAGGCUGCACUGAUAGUCGCCUUUGACCACGUCAAGAGACGCGUCCUGGUCCGAAGCAUGAUGGAGUCAAUCUCAUUUUUUUGGAUGCCAUAUGAAUGGAUAAUCGAUGCUCGGGCUACGGAAAGCUUUUGGAUGCUCAGGAACUCAGGAAGACGAGACAGAAAGGAGAUAGACAACUCUUCCGACGACAAGUGGUAUAAUUGGGAAAGCCUCGGCUCUUGGACCUUGAAUCGUAUUCCAGGGUCCCAUGACGUGAGCCAACUUCCCAAUGCUUCAAUUGCAGUCAUCUCUCGGCAAGAGGGACAUCUAGACGUUUUCUGGAUCUCGGCGCAUUGUACUGUUGAGCGAGCAUAUCGUGGCCCUUCGGAUAAAGAGUGGAAACUAGAAACAGUACCUCUAGACUUUCCACCAGGGGAAGAUAGAGAACGAGAGGCAGAAGCCAAAGUUCCGUUGCCGGGUGCUAUAGUCGCUGUAUCAGCACACAAUGAGAAGCUCGAUAUAUUUUGGAUGACCAAGAAUGGAGCAAUAUGCAAUGGCUCCUGGCAACAGGUUGAGCCCAAAUGGUAUACACGACGUGUUCUUCAAGAGCAAGACGGCGUGGCUCAGCCUCGAGCCGGAUUGGCCGCAACCAUUGGUCAGAGAGACAACUCCUCUAAAGACAAGAUCAAUGUUUAUUGUGUUGGACCCGAUGGCUCGAUCAAGAACAUUGCUACAACGAGGAGCUGGUCAGGUACAGAUACAGUCACAAUUGUUUCUGGGCCGGGAACUGCUUAUCAAUACACCAGUAUAUCAGCAGUGGCGGUUGACGAUUAUCUUGGAGGCGAUAGUUCCGUCCGCCUGAUAGAGUCAGUCGCUUGGAUAACCCCUGACGGAUUAGUAACCGGAAAGAGACUGGCAAAAGAUACUUCAUGGGUCAACAUUUGGGAAAUUAAUGGAGAAGCAAAAAUUGCUCGCAAGUAUUCACAUAUUGCAACUACCUAUGGCGUGGCCAGCGAGGGGGUCCUGUUAUUUUUCAGCUAUACUAAUCUCCAGGGGAAUGUGAGCAGAGACCUUGCCUAUUUUGAUUUCGACGACGAUACUCCAUAUGAGCGUUACUAUGAAGACGUAGGCUCUAAAGAAGAACAAAUGGCUCAGGAAUUUUCCGAUAUCAAGGCUGUCUCGUGGAAACAGAACGGAAAAUGGACUGACCUAUUUCUGUGGCAGAACCAAGGGGGCAAAGUCUGGAUGAAGAGAAGUGGAGGUGGAGCAGACACUAUACUGUUAAAUGACAACCGUGUCGUUCGGAAGGGAAGCCCAUUUGGAUCUGGUAUAUAUGGAGGAAAGCCCAUCGUGGCUAUGAAGCUUGAGGACGGAUUCAUUGGAGUCGGUUACUGGGGUACCUUGAACUUUUGA